CAAAGCUUGAGACCACAGCCUCGGAUGCUGGCACUAGCUGUGCCAUUACUUGCUGCAAGCUGCUGGACCUAGACACGGCUACUGUAGUCUCCCAGGAUGUAGUUUAAGGAUAGAGCUACAAACACUCGAUGGACGAAAAGCUUAUAAGGAGCUUGCUACUCCUCGUCUUGCUCGACAUCAACAGUCUUCUACAGCUUCAGUCUCUCUUCUUCGCUUUUUCAAGAUGCAAAUCACAUACGCCGCAGCUGUUCUUGCUCUCGCCGCCUCUGCUUCUGCUUCACCUGUGGCCGAAGCGGAUCCUACCUUCGGAUCCCUCAUCAACUGGUGGCAAAGCUUUGUCAACAAGUACUAUCAGAGCAGAUCUACCGUUCCUGCCUGGCCUCCUGCUGUUCCCAACUCCAACUGUCCUACUGGGUGGCCCAAGCCAAUCACACCAUGGAACCAGUACAUGUUCAGGUACCCUGGUCCGUGCAAGCCAAAGUGGGUCCCAGUCUACAGGCCUGGCUGCAUCAAGGACACAAAGCCUCAGACGACACAGCCAGCACCUCAGACCACAGCCACAAAGACUGCAUCAACAAUGAUGACUACUAGCGCUGCUGCUCCCACCACCACACCUUCUGCACCCACAAAGUUCUUCAACAUUCUUGCUCCUGAGCUUCCCCUCGGCUCCAUCUUUGACGGUCAGCUCCAGGCCAACUCUCCUUACCCAGCCAUUGAUGUUGCUGCUGUCCCAUCCAAGGGCCCUGCCUCGGUCAACACCCAGUUCUACCUCGACAACGGUGCUCUCUUUGACCAAUACGGCCGUGCUUGCGAGAUCUCAUCUGGCAACCAGCUCCAGUGCAACAUGAUCUCCAACCCAAGCACAGCCAUGAAGGGAUUCGCCAUCGACCCCGUCACGAUGUUUUUGGAGUGGAACACUGAAGACACCUUCUACGGCUGCAAUAUUGGUACAUCCGACACUUUCGGCCAAAUCAUCUUUACCGGAACACACAAGGACUUCGCCGGUGUCUCUGCCGACACUGAGAACCCCAACUGUGACGCUUACCACUUGACUGUCAAGUACGUGUAAGCCAAGGGUCUCAAUCAAAACUUCUUUCACGGUGAGAGCUGGCCUCCACUGUUCAUGCCAUAUAAUAUAGAAAGCAAACAUAUCCUUCA